AUGGCAAAAAGAUAUUGGAACAUCAAUUUGGAAGAGAUGAUGGAAGCAGGAGUUCAUUUUGGUCAUGGUACUAGAAAAUGGAAUCCUAGAAUGGCACCUUAUAUCUCCGCAAAGCGUAAAGGUAUUCAUAUUACAAAUCUGACUAGAACUGCUCGUUUUUUAUCAGAAGCUUGUGAUUUAGUGUUUGAUGCAGCAAGUAGGGGAAAACAAUUCUUAAUUGUUGGGACCAAAAAUAAAGCAGCUGAUUCAGUGGCGCGGGCUGCAAUAAGGGCUCGGUGUCAUUAUGUUAAUAAAAAAUGGCUUGGUGGUAUGUUAACAAAUUGGUCCACUACAGAAACGAGACUUCAUAAGUUUAGAGACUUGAGAACAGAACAAAAGACAGGGAGACUCAACCGUCUUCCGAAAAGGGAUGCAGCUGUGUUGAAGAGACAAUUAUCUCACUUGCAAACAUAUCUAGGCGGGAUUAAAUAUAUGACGGGGUUGCCUGAUAUUGUGAUCAUCAUCGAUCAGCAAGAAGAAUAUACAGCUCUUCGAGAAUGUAUCACUUUGGGAAUUCCAACAAUUUCUUUAAUCGAUACAAAUUGUGAUCCCGAUCUCGCAGAUAUUUCGAUUCCAGCAAAUGAUGACGCCAUAGCUUCAAUUCGAUUAAUUCUUAACAAAUUAGUAUUCGCAAUUUGUGAGGGUCAUUCUAGCUAUAUACAAAAUUCUUGA